GCGCGGGAUCGGCGAUGAUCCGGGUGUUUUAAAAUGAAGCGAGCGCUGCCGGCGCCCGGGAGCGGCUGAGGGAAGGAGGUCGCGUCGUCGUCGUCCUCGUCCUCUCGCCGCCCUCGGCUCGGUGUUCGUGAGGGAAAGUUUGUACUGAUCUACAAAUAUAAACCAUAUAAGAAUCAAAACAACACGACACAGCGGGGCCGGAGCCGGAGAUGUUGUGAGGGAGCCGGCGCCAUGCAUCUCCAUCAGGUCCUGACCGGAGCUGUCAACCCCGGAGACAACUGCUACUCGGUCGGCGGCGUCGAUGACAUCCCCUUCACGGCCUACGCUUCAGGUUGCGACAUUGUCAUUCUUGGAAGUGACUUUGAAUGUGUUCAGAUCAUCCCUGGUGCUAAACAUGGAAACAUCCAAGUUGGUUGUGUGGAAUGUUCCCUUCAGCAAGGCCGGAUUGCUGCUUCUUAUGGAAACACUGUUUGCAUUUUUGAGACCGUACCAUUAAGGCAUUACAAAAGAAAACUUGUCCUAAGUUAUCAAUGGCAAAAGAGGGGGCAGUUUUUCCUCCAAUCCAUGGCAUACAACUUGGCCUGGGAUCCACAAGGUAAUCAGUUAUUGACAGCUACAGAUCAUCUACAGUUAUGGUCGCCUCCAUCAUGUGAUGUUCUCGAGGAAGAGAGCAGUUCUGAAGAAUGCAAAUUACAACCAGAUUUAAAUGACUGGAAAUGCAUCUGGCAGUGCAAGACUGCUAUUCCAAUAUAUCUCAUGAAGUGGUCCCCUGAUGGUGAAUAUUUUGCAACAGCAGGAAAGGAUGACUCCCUUCUGAAAGUAUGGUAUCUGACCAUGGGCUGGAAAUCUGCAGUUAUAGUUGGAGAAAUCCUAGGGGAAAGAAGUGUUUCUACAGCUGUAGGCUUCUCCUUUGUAUAUCUGGCACAUCCUCGUGCAGUGACAGGAUUUUCAUGGCGGAAGACCAGUAAAUAUAUGCCAAGGAGCUCUGUGUGCAAUGUGCUUCUGACUUCAUGUCGAGAUGGCGUCUGCCGGCUGUGGGCUGAAACAUUAUUGCCAGAAGAUAGUCUUUUUCCAGGACAAAUGGCAGAGACCACUAUCAAUACCUCAACCACCAGCCUUUCUCACGGUGGGAGUCAGAAAGACAAAAUCCACCAUGCUCUAGAGACAAUUCAUCAUUUGAAGCAUCUCAGUGGCCGUCGCAGGUCCUCAGUCCUAACUGCCCAUAUGGAAGUUUUGCCAAACCAGCUUGGAUCGCAUGAAGUCCACAGACAAAUAUCGCAUUAUGCUAAUGCACUAUGUCACUUCCAUAUUGCGGCAAGCAUUAAUCCGAAUACAGAUAUUCCACCAGCACUAGCUGGAACAGCUUUCAACAUCGAAGAAGGUGGUGGAAAUUUUGUCGUUCAUUGGCUGAACAACAAAGAACUCCAUUUUACAUCCUCUAUUGAAAUAUUCAUGGAGCAUCUAAGGAAACUCACAGAUCAUCAGAUGGAGGAUGAGUUCGACAUUGCCAGUCAGAAUGGAUUGAGAUUGAAACUAGAUACUGAACCAGAAGAGACUUCAGAGAAGGGAUCAGAGUAUGAAUCUGAAGAGGCUGAACAAGAUGGGAGAACCAAAGUAUCUUCACUGUCCUAUGCUGGAGUUCCACUGCCCACCGUUUUGCUCGAUCGAAAAAUUGAAACGCUGCAAACCGAGUGGAACAAGAAUGCUGAUAUGUUGUUUACAAUCCAUCCUAUAGAUGGUUCAUUUUUGGUGUGGCAUGUGAAAUAUUUGGAUGAAUACCAUCCUGGAAUAUUUAGACAAGUCCAGGUUGCAUUUUCAUCACGGAUUCCUGUUGCUUUUCCUACUGGUGAUGCCAACUCGCUCAGCAGAAAUAUAAUGAUGUAUGCAUGCACUGCCACAAAUGCUAAAUACCAACCUGAUAAUGAUUCAAAAAUUAAUGGAUUGACCCAUUGUUUGAAUAGUUCAAAAUUAAAUAUUGCCAUUCCAUCAGUUAUGAUGAUUUCAAAACACAUUGACGGAUCGCUGAAUCAAUGGGCAGUAACUUUUGCUGAAGAAUCCGCCUUUAGCACUGUUCUGAUUGUGUCUCACAAGUUCAGAUAUUGUGGCCAUCGUUUUCACCUAAAUGAUUUGGCAUGCCAUUCAGUGCUGCCCUUGCUGUUGACUUCUUCACAUCACAAUGCUCUCAUGACUCCCGAAAUUGACGUUGUUAAAGAAAAGAUUAAGGUAGAACCUGUGAAAUCCUUAAAAGGCCCAAGAACGCAACAGGUUAAAAAUGCUGCCACACGGACAUUUCACGAUCCUAAUGCCAUUUACAGCGAACUGAUUCUAUGGCGUAUGGACCCAAUAGGACCAUUAUCGUAUUCUGGGGGUGUUUCAGAGUUGGCACGUAUCAAUUCCCUGCACACUUCAGCCUUUUCAAAUGUGGCCUGGCUUCCAACAUUGAUCCCGAGCUACUGCCUUGGCACAUACUGCAACUCUGCCAGUGCUUGCUUUGUUGCUUCUGAUGGUCAGAAUCUCAGACUCUACCAGGCUGUUGUUGAUGCUAGGAAACUUCUGGAUGAACUGUCUGAUCCAGAAAUAUCGAAACUUGUUGGAGAAGUGUUCAACAUAGUAAGCCAGCAAUCAACAGCUCGUCCCGGUUGCAUUAUUGAACUGGAUGUAAUAACUGCUCAGUGUGGCUCAAACACACAACUACUUCAUGUAUUCCAAGAAGAUUUUAUUCUGGGAUAUAAGCCACUAGAAGAAAAAAUUAAUAAGGAGCAGGAAUUUUGCACUACUCAACCUGCACAAGGAUACCAUGCACCAUCAUUCUCUGAAAAGUUCUACCUUGUGGUAAUAGAACGAGACAAGAGUCAAUCUGUUCUUCACAUGUGGCACCUUCAUUUGAAGUCUGAACAGCCUCGUAUCGUGAGCACAUCAGAUAAACUGCUGACUUUAUCAGAAGACAAGAGUUUUGGCUUAUCUCCAAAUUCGCUACCACGCUCUGCAUCAGUCGCAAAUCUUCAGACCGCUAGCAAACUGAUACUUAACUCCAAAUUAGUUUAUAGUCAACAGUUAAAUCUGCCUGAUGGAGUGGAAGUAAUCCGAGCAACACCUUCUGCAGGUCACUUGAGUUCCUCCUCAAUUUAUCCAGUCUGCCUUGCACCUUAUCUAAUAGUGACGUCAUGCUCUGACGGUAAUGUGAGAUUCUGGCGAUGUACUGUGGAUAAAAAUGCAAACUCUGAAAAUUCUGAAGACGUACGUGCCUAUUGGUGGGAAACUUGGCCGCUGAUGAAUGAAGAAGGAGAACACAAUGACAGUGCAGUGAGUGUCACUGGGCGUCCAGUGGCUGUGAGCUGUUCAUACACGGGCCGUUUAGCUGUAGCUUACAAAGAGUCUUUGCAGCCUAAUGGCAUUACAUCAAAAGAGUUUUCAAUGCACCUCUCCAUUUUUGAGUGCGAAUCUACUGGAGGAUCCGAGUGGGUGUUGGAACAAACAAUUCAUUUGGAUGAUUUGGGAAAAGUUGGCAGUGUCCUGGAUUCGAGGGUCAGCGUAGACAGCAAUUUAUUUGUGUAUAAUAAAUCAGAGCUUUAUCUUCGAGGCAAAAACAUGAUGUCGAACAUAAAACAUUUAGUGCAUUUGGACUGGGUGUCGAAAGAAGAUGGUUCUCAUAUACUUACCGUAGGAGUGGGUUCCAAGAUUCUAAUGUAUGGAAGACUGUCAGGGAUUGUAACAGAGCAAGCCAUGAGUAAAGAUGGGUUGGCUGUAAUUACUUUGCCACUAGGGGGAAGUAUUAAACAAGGCACCAAGUCAAAAUGGGUAUUGCUGAGAUGUGUGGAUUUGAUAUCUUCUGUAGAUGGAACUCCUUCACUUCCAGUUUCUUUAUCGUGGGUGAGAGAUGGCAUUCUAGUUAUCGGGAUGGACUGUGAGAUGCAUGUGUAUGCACAAUGGAAGCACUCUACAAAACCACUAAACCAUACCGAAAAUGGAAGUUUCUCAUCUUAUGAUGAGUUAACUGAUGGUGACACAUUUGAAACAAAAAUGUUUCCAAAACGGCACAGCGUUGUUGAUGGAACAACUAUUGUAGAUGAUGUGUUUGGGGUCCCAGGAAUGCUUCAAGAUGGCGGUUUGUUUGAAGCUGCUCAUAUUCUUUCCCCCACUCUCCCUCAAUAUCAUCCCACUCAGCUACUCGAACUUAUGGAUUUGGGCAAAGUGCGCAGAGCUAAGGCAAUCCUUUCACAUUUGGUUAAAUGUAUUGCUGGAGAAGUUGCCAUCUUCAGGGACAAAGACCCAGGAGAAGGAGGAGGACCACGACGCCACCUUUCUCGAACCAUCAGCGUCAGUGGAAGUACGGGCAAGGAUACAAUUAUAGCGGGAAGAGAAGGUACUCGUGAUUAUACCGAAAUAGAUUCAAUUCCACCACUACCUCUGUAUGCAUUGCUGUCAGCUGAUCAGGACACCUCUUAUAAAACUGCAGGAGAAACUGCUAAAGUAGACAAACGUUCACAGCCGCAGAGUAAAAAAAUGGAGGAUCAGUAUGCUGAUUUGUUUCAGUCUCCGAGUUUAACCACGGAUGACUUUGUUGAAUUUGUAAUUGAAAAGAAGGAAUCUAAAUCCAAAGUCAUUAAUUUAUCCCAGUAUGGACCAACGUACUUUGGGCCUGAACACGCUCGUGUCCUUUCCAGUCAUUUGAUGCACUCGAGUUUGCCAGGACUUACACGAUUAGAACAAAUGUUCCUUGUAGCUUUAGCUGACACGGUGGCGACUACAAGCACAGAAGUCAAUGAAAAUAGGGACAAGAAUUAUUCUGGUGAAACUUUGGAUGAAUGUGGUUUACGUUAUUUGCUUGCCAUGCGUUUGCAUAUUUGCCUGCUGACAUCGCUGCCUCCAGUCUACAGACUCCAGCUUUUACAUCAAGGCUUGUCUACAUGUCACUUUGCCUGGGCCUUUCAUUCUGAAGCUGAGGAAGAGUUGCUCAGUAUGAUUCCUGCCAUGCAGAAAGGGGAUCCUCAGUGGUCUGAUCUGAAAGCCAUGGGAGUCGGCUGGUGGAUUCGAAAUAUUAAUACGCUCCGCAAGUGCAUUGAGAAGGUUGCAAAAGCUGCUUUUCAAAGGAACAACGAAGCAUUGGAUGCUGCAUUAUUUUAUCUUGCUAUAAAGAAAAAGGCAGUACUCUGGGGUCUAUUCAGAUCCCAGCUGGAUAAAAAGAUGACUGAGUUUUUCAAACACAAUUUCAUUGAAGAUAGAUGGCGUAAAGCAGCUUUAAAAAAUGCAUUUUCUUUGCUCGGUAAACAGCGCUUUGAGCAGGCUGCAGCAUUUUUCCUUUUGGCUGGUUCUUUAAAGGAUGCUAUUGAGGUGAUCCUGGAAAAGAUGGAUGAUAUCCAGUUGGCCAUGAUUAUUGCUCGACUGUAUGAAUCUGAUCAUGAAACAUCCUCCACAUGUAAAUCUAUCCUUUAUGAGAAGGUUCUUGGCUGUAAGUCAGAUGGGUCUGAGUUUGCACCAAGCAAACUGCAUCCAGAUCCAUUUCUGCGGAGUAUUGCAUAUUGGACUCUGAAGGAUUAUUCCAUUGCAUUAGAUACUCUGCUAGAACAACCAACAAAAAGCACUGAAGAACAUCCAGGAAUUCUUAUAAAGUCUUGCAACCCAAUAGUCUUCAGUUUCUACAAUUAUCUUCGUGCUCAUCCACUGCUGAUGAGAAGACAUUUUGCUCCUCCCGAAGGCUCAUUAGGAAUUGCCGCAGAGAAAAUCAACGAAGAUGAAAUUAACCUCAUUGAGAGAAAAUUAUUUUUCACCACAGCAAAUGCUCAUUUUAAAGUUGGUUGCCCAGUCUUGGCUCUUGAGGUACUGUCCAAAAUCCCAAAAGUCAUGAAAAAAUCAAAGCCAUCCAUAACAACGGAAAAGUCCAGGAUAAUUGUCCAAGGCCAAAAUGGUGUAGCAGGAAAUGGGGACCGCACUAACGAUGCAAACCGGCCACAAACUGCAACAGGUACAUCAAACCAGGGCUGGGAAUCAAGUAAUUCUGCUGGCUUUGAUUGGGGAGCCCCAGUAGUGACUAUUUCUGACGAUGCACUAAAACUUGAUUGGGAUAAUGAUUUAGAAGAUGAAAAUGAAGAGGAAGGUGGGUUGGUUAUGAAAGAUGCAGAAAAGGUGAAUGUGGCUGAGAAUGAGAAAGGAGUUCCUGGAGAAUCUCCAGCUGUUCAAAGGGAGGAUUCCAUUUCUCAAGUUGAUGUAAUAGCAGAACAGUUGAAAUUCAGAGCCUGUUUGAAAAUUCUAAUGACUGAACUUAGGACAUUAGCUACCGGAUAUGAAGUGGAUGGCGGAAAGCUCCGAUUUCAACUGUACAACUGGUUGGAGAAAGAAAUCCAUGCAAUGCAUCAGAUCUGCAAUUAUAAAACCGAAGUGAAAGAUUGGAUUGUUGAAAUCGAUAAAAAGAUCCGAGGUUCAUUUGACCAAGAAGAAUUGAAAGAAAGUACAGAAGGAGCUUCAUAUGAGAGGCAUCAGAUUGAUCGGAGAAGGCUCCAAGCAAAGCAAGAGCAUGCAGAAAGAAGGAAAUGGUGGCUGCGGAGAAAUCAAGCUCUGCUUAGAGUGUUUCUAAGCUACUGCAGUUUGCAUGGUGCGCAGGGUGGUGGCUUGGCAUCCGUCAGAAUGGAACUUAUCUUCCUAUUGCAGGAAUCACAGCAGGAAACCACUGUGAAACAACUUCAAUCCCCUCUUCCUUUGCCUACAACUUUACCGCUCCUUUCUGCAACCAUUGCUUCAACAAAAACUGUGAUAGCCAACCCCAUCAUGCAUUUGAGUAAUCACAUCCAUGAUAUAUUGUACACUGUGGUGCAGAUGAAUUGUCCACCUCUUCCUGGUCUUAAGGAUGAGAAGAUUUUCAUUCUGCACACUUCAGCAGCAUCACUCUCAGCCUGCAUUUACCAGUCUCUAUGUGACAGCCACAGCUACAGCCAAUCAGCUACAAACCUGUUUACGGGAAUGGUUUAUCAGGGGCUUUUAUUGGGUGAAAGAAGAAGAUUGCGGACUGAAAGCAUUGAAGAGCAUUUAACUCCCAACUCUUCACCUUCACAUUGGCCCGGUGUUUCAUCACUGAUUAAUCUUCUUGGAUCUAUUCAGGAAGAUGAUCAACCCAAACUGAAUGUGUUGCUUUGUGAGGCAGUGGUUGGUGUUUAUCUAAGUCUUUUGAUUCAUGGUCUGGCUACACAGGAUAGUAAUGAGCUCUUUCGUUUAGUUGCUCAUCCUCUAAAUAAUCGAACCUGGGCUGCAGUGUUUGGAGGAGGUGCAAAAACUAUAAUAAAACCUAAAAGGAGGCCAGAACUUACACCAGGUAUGCCAAUUGUUUCAGCUGCAUUGAAUUUGGAGCAAAAUACUGCCUUGAAGACACAAACUGUUGAUGUGUGUGUGUCUCCUAGCUGUGAGACUGGAGCACAACACACACCAGGACUGGAUGUUCCCCCAGAAGACAUUGACCGAUAUCGCCGAAGAUUUAACAUGAAGAUGUUGGUUCCCGGUAGACCAGUAAAAGAGGCUUCAACACCACCACCUGUACCUGCAGAGAGACCUUCAUACAAGGAAACAUUUAUUCCCCCUGAGCUCAGUAUGUGGGAUUAUUUUGUAGCCAAGCCAUUCCUGCCACCGUCUGAGAGUGGAUUUAUGUACGACUCGGAUGAAAGUAUCCCUAGUGAUGAUGACGAUGAUGCUUUUGUUUCUGACGUUCAGCUCCAAGAACAUUCUGAUCCUAACUCGUACAGCUGGGCUCUGAUCCGUUUUGGGAUGGUUAAGCUUGCAUUGCACAAUAUAAAAAACUUCUUUCCUGUUGUAGGAUUGGAUUCCACAGUAGAUCUUCCAGUAACUUCGCCUUUGGGUAAUGCUGUUAUGAAAACCUUGGAAAACUGGCAGCAAAUACUUCAUGCAAAAAUGGAACAGUUUGAAGGGCCACCUCCAAACUUCAUUAACACAUAUCCCAAUGAUUUCUCUAAUGUUGUUGGACCAGCUAUUCUGCGACACAAAGCAAUGCUUGAACCAGAGAACACUCCAUUCAAGUCAAGGCAUUAUACCACUUUCCCUGUUAAAAGACUGUGGUGGUACUUAGUCAAGCAAGAAAUUCUACAAGACACAUUUAUACGAUUUAUAUUCACGAAGAAAAGAAGGCAAAGUGAGUCAAUAGAAGACCAUGUGGACCACGUCAAACAAAACUACAGCAGGAACCAUCGUGGCAGCAACAAGGUUGAAGCAGAUAUGGGCUAUCCAGGUGGAAAAUCAAAGAUUAUUCAUAAAGAUUCUGAUGCCAUCAUGGCAUUUGCAAUUAAUAAGGCAAACUUCAAUGAGAUAGCUCUGGCUUCCACGCAUGAUGUACAAGAACUUGAUGUAUCUGCAAUUCUAGCUGCUCAGCCUUUUACCUGGAUUGGCGAAGAUUCAGACAGAGAUUCCAGAAGUUCUGACGAUCUUGAGCAUCGCUCAAUGGGGAGCACCACCCAAACAAGUACAACUCAUUUUUCAUCCAGCCAGCUUUCUAAUUCUUCUUCAAUGCCUUGGCUAGGAAGUGGGCAGACCAGCACAGGAGCCACUGUGAUCAUAAAGAGAAACUUGAAUAAUGUGAAGAGAAUGACCUCCCAUCCAGCUCACCGAUACUAUCUCACAGGUGCACAAGAUGGAAGUGUCCGAAUGUUUGAAUGGAAUCGGCCACAGCAGGUCAUAUGUUUCCGGCAAGCUGGAAAUGCCAGGGUUACCCGACUUUAUUUUAAUAUCCAAGGCAAUAAGUUGGGAGUAGCAGACGGAGAAGGUUAUCUCAGCCUUUGGCAAGUCAACCAGACUGGAUCUAACCCCAAACCUUAUCUUAGCUGGCAGUGCCACAGUAAAGCUGCUGGUGACUUCGCAUUCGUUACCUCCUCAAGCCUCAUAACCACAGCAGGGCAAUCCAAUGACGGCAGAAAUGUUUGCCUUUGGGAUACACUAAUUUCUCCACAUAACAGUCUUGUGCAUGGCUUUGUCUGCCAUGAAAAUGGUGCCACAGUGCUGCAAUAUGCACCAAAACAGCAACUUCUCAUCUCUGGGGGCAGGAAGGGCUUUGUCUGCAUUUUUGACAUAAGGCAGAGACAAUUGCUACACACAUUUCAGGCACAUGAUUCAGCUAUUAAAGCUCUUGCUCUGGACGCCACUGAGGAUUAUUUCAUUACAGGCUCAGCAGAAGGGAAUAUGAAGGUGUGGAGGUUGACAAGUCAUGGCUUAAUCCACUCAUUCACUAAUGAACAUGCCAAGCAGUCGAUCUUUCGCAACAUUGGCACAGGGAUUGUGCAGCUGGAAAUCCGGCCAACUAAUCGCAUCUUUUCCUGUGGAGCCGAUGGAACUUUGAAGACGAGAGUUUUGCCGGAUUAUUUUAAUAUUCCGACUGGAGUAUUUGACAUCUUGUAGUUUACUGGGCUUAUUCUGGUUUCUGGUUAUUCUAAAACAUGGGCAACUCGCAUAUAGUGUGGGAAUGCGUAAGCUGUCAUUUAGACUGCUUGAUGUUUGGGAAUGAGAUCCCCGGUUCGGCAUUUAGCAGAACUCUUCUAUUAGCAUCGGAUCUUGGAAGGCUUGAAAUACAUGUGAAGAGAGUCAUUUAAAGAAAUAUAGUGUGGCUUUGUGGUAUAAAGGCUUAAGAAUCCAUAUAAAAACCCAUAGGACAGACAUGCAUGAACUGUAUUAUCACUUAAAAGCAAUGCAGUUGCAGGUUGUUGGUUGUGCACUGUGAACACAAUGCAGAAUUUUUAGUGUACUCUAAGUGAUGGACAUUAAAAUUAUGUGCCCAUAGCUAAAAUCCAUCUGCACUGAGGAAAACUAUGUCAUAAUUUAUUGGAAAAUCCCAUGUGUAAUGAUGGCGUGAAUUGAUUUCUAGGAUUUAAAUUAAUUAUUUUGUCAUCUUUGAAAGAAUUUUCAGCAUUAACACUGAGGCAGAUAAAUAAUCUUAACUGAAGGUUGCAAUGCAAAAAUGGUAUCCAAUAUCAUUCAGAUGUAUAGUUUAAUUUGUCAGUUUAUAGAUAUUUUUUAAUUUAAUCACUCAAGUUAAAUCUAUUGAAUGAAACAUUAAUGCCUUUAUUGCACACUUCUUAAACCUUUUUGAGACUGUUGUCCUUAUUGCAAACUAUUCAUCAUGAUAUUGUGUAGUACAGUCUAAUUAUAGCAUUGUAUAUCUAUACUUGAAAAGCAAGGAAAUGAGAUGGUAUUUUUGUUCAUUUUGAAUUAGCAUUAUUGUUAGUAUAUCCGUUGAAUCUGAACAUUGCACUAUAAUAUAAAGUAUGAUAUGACAAUAUUUGUAUUUAAAAUUAAUUUAAAAUUGGAAGUCCUAUUAUGUGUAAAAGAUUGGAUUUCCUUGGAUGAAUGUCUGGCUAACAGGCCCAACACUUUAUGUAACAUUCUGAUAUUUAAGUUAUUUUAUUCUGUGAAUUAAGAUAACAUGCGACCAAGAGCUCUGUAUGGUCUUCUAUUUUGCCUGUAAUAUACCUUUUAAUUUAUUGUACUUGUUUUCUGAAUGUACAUCCUGCUAAACAUGGUAAGUAAAUCCUGAGGACCAUAAGACAGUAUUUGGCACAUUGUCUGUGAAGUUGUCUUCUCAUAUUUUGUGUCUGUGUUCUGUACCAAAUUCAUUGCAUUUCUGUGUGGACUGAGCAAAGUAUGGACUUUACAUCUCCCGCUUGAAACUAUACCCAAAAUAGUUGUGCGUCCCAGUCUUUGUAAGUCAAAUAAAUUUUUAAUGUGUGUA